AUGCUUGGGUUAGAAUAAAAUUGUUUUAUUAAAGAAUACAGGAAGUAGGUAGAUAAAGAGGCUCUAAAUUAAAUAUAAGAUGCUGCUUUAUCAAAUUUAAUGAAUGCAUUUGGGUAGAUGAAUUAAACAUAUUCUGUACUUUUCAAAGAUAUUUGUCUUACUUUUGGCGCUUUAUUAUCAAUAAAGGAAGAGUUAAAGGACUAUCGCUAGGAAAUGUUUUAGAAAUAAAGCGAGAAAAUUAUCUAGGAGAAGAUUCAGAAGGAAAUGAUUCAAUAAAAAGAUGAGCAAUUGGAAUUCCUCUAAAAGUAAUUGAAAAUAGUUUAACUGCAAUCUGAUUAAGAUAGAAAUUCUAAACAGGCAAUUCAAGAGAGGGAUUAGGCCAUAAGUUCAUAUAAAUAAAGACUUUUUGAUUUAUAAGAAAAUGAAAAGAAAUUGCUCAGCGAAAAGUCUUAGCUUCAGACUAGAAUUGAGUUACUUGAAGAAUAAUAAAAUUCUAACAAAGUUGCAAUCUUAGAAAAGCAAACCACUCUUCAUUAAGGUUAUAAACUCACAUUUUUAAAUAACGAAUUAAAAGAAUCUCUUAUUGAACAACCUUCAAAUGUAUUUUAAUAAGAAAACGGGGUUAAUAAAAAUAAAAUAUAUAGCUUGGAUAAUAAUUAGAUAUAAAAGAAUAAUACUUCCCUUUUAAGUAAAUUUAAGUAAGACCAAUCUGAUUAAGAGGUGUAAAAUAAUACAUAACUUGCUCAAAAAAACUAAUAGGAUAUUUAUUAUAGUAACAAAAUAAAUCAGAUAAAACCUGAAACAUUUUCAAAUCAAGAUCCUUCAGUUUAUUUACAAGAAAGCUAUGUAUAAAGUUCACUUAAUGCAAAUAAUAUUUUAGGUUCAAAAAAGAUUACAGAUGAAGAGAUUUUUAUGAUGUAAAAAAGAGAAGCUGAAAUUAAAAAAAAGAAAUAGGAAGAUGAACAUUUAAAGAAUUAAUAAUACAUGUCAAGUUUGAAUUACAAUAAAAUAAUUUCUGAUAAAAAUAAAAAUUAGAAUUUAAUGAAUAAUAAAAUUAUUGAGUAAUCUAAAGAGAGUUCUAUGGGAUCUUUAUUCAAUAAGACAGCUUUUGAUCAAAGCUCAAUUAAUAAUCAAAGUAAUGCUAGUGUAAGAAUGGAAUUAGAAGAUUCUAGUGCUGGAUAACAGCUUUAAAGAUAUAAAGUAAGCUUAAAUGAUAGAAAAAUGGUAGCUGAAAAUAAUCUAAAUGCAACAGAUGAUUUAUUAAAAAAUAAAAUGGAGCAGGAAGAUAAUGAAAAAGAGAGUUCUGACUCUUAGUAUAACUGGAAUUUAAAAAUCGAUUUGAAAAACAAUAACGAAUAAUAGCAGCAAUUUCCAUAGGAAAGCAAUAACAAUAGUGGAAACAAAAAGAGAUUCAAAAAGUAACAAUUAAAAAAAUCAGAUUCUUUUGCCACAAAUGCAAACUAGAAUUCUGAAUUAGAAAACACCACAGCUAGUGUUAUUAGUUUACAAAACUAACAAUAAAAUUAAAAUUAUGAAAUUUAAGAUCAAUAAAGCAAUUAAAUGCUCUUAGGUCAAAAGAAAAAUUUAAAUAUUAAUAAAGGUAGAGUUGCUAAUAAUAAAUUUAUGAAAGACAUAGAAUUAGAUGAUGAAAGUGGGGACAAAGACUAACCCUAAUAAAAUGAUAUAUUUGCUCAGUUUCAAUAUAAAAAAAGAGGUACUUCAAACUAAGAAGUUCAAGUAGCUGAAACUUUUAACAUGUAUAACAAAUAAAAUUAGAGACCAUUAAAUCCUCGUAAAAAAGAAGAUAGAGAAAAAUUAAAAACUUUUAAUUGUGGCAGAUGCAAAGCCGCAUAUCAAACUUUGGGAGAAGAAUUCUGUGGUAAUUGUUCUAAACACAGAUCAGAAUACACGCCUCCUCACACUCCCGAAGCCCAUUAUUAAAAAUUUUCCUAGUCAGAAGAUGAUUCUAAUUGA